AUGCGAUCCUUAUCUCAGAUUUCCAAAACAAAAAAUUUUAACUUAGCGGUACAACGUGACGACGAGUCUUUUUACACAUUUUUCUAUAGAAUACAUAAAUUACAUAAGAAGUGCAAUUUCAUAGAUGACAGUAGAAUUAAGGAGAAAUUGAUAACGUCUACUUUAAACGAUCAUAUCAGAAGGAAGCUGAAUAAGCAUAAGGAUUGGACUGUAGAUGAGAUGAUUAAAUUAGGAGUUGAGUUAGAUGGUAGUAAUAUUAAACCAGACGUUAGCGAUACAAAUUAUGUAGACAAUGAUAAAAAAUUGGAUAAAAAUAAAAAAAAAUUUAAUUCAAAUAUUGAUAAAAUACCAUGCAAAAGUACUUUUAGUAAUAAUGAGAAUAAUUCUAAUGAUAAUGAACGUAAUAAUUUUAGAGAAAAUAAUUUUAAUUAUAAUGGACGUAACACUCGUAAGGAAAAUUUUGAUUUUAAGAAGAGGAAUUAUAAUGAUUUUAGGCCUAAUGAUAAUGCUAGCCGAAACUAUCAAAACAAUAAUUUUCGAGACAGUGAGGGUAACUCCAGAAAUUUUCGUAAUAACCAAUCUUCGAAUAACAAUUCAAACUAUUACGGAAGAAACUCCAUAUGGCACAAUAACAAUAAUGCAAACAAUUAUGAUAGAAACAAUGCCUGGCAAAACAACAACAAUUCAAACUAA